CAGCCUCCGUUCACCAUGUGCUUCAGGGUGAAAUUCUACCCCACUGACCCCGCUGCUCUCAAAGAGGAGAUCACUCGGUAUCUUGUCUUCUUGCAGAUCAAGAGAGAUCUCUAUCACGGCCGCCUCCUGUGCAAGACAUCUGAUGCUGCUCUGCUAGCUGCCUAUAUCCUUCAAGCUGAGAUCGGUGACUAUGACCCUGGAAAGCAUCCUGAGGGUUACAGCUCCAAAUUCCAGUUUUUCCCCAAGCAUUCUGAAAAACUGGAAAGGAAAAUUGCAGAGAUCCACAAAACCGAGCUCAGCGGCCAGACACCAGCUACUUCUGAAUUAAACUUCUUAAGGAAAGCGCAGACCUUGGAGACGUAUGGAGUCGACCCACAUCCCUGCAAGGACGUGUCUGGCAAUGCAGCUUUCCUGGCGUUCACGCCCUUUGGGUUUGUUGUCCUGCAGGGGAACAAGCGCGUGCACUUCAUUAAAUGGAAUGAAGUGACAAAAAUGAAAUUCGAAGGCAAGACAUUCUAUUUAUAUGUAAGUCAGAAAGAGGAAAAGAAAAUUGUCCUGACAUACUUUGCUCCAACUCCUGAAGCCUGCAAGCACCUCUGGAAAUGCGGAAUUGAAAAUCAAGCCUUCUAUAAAUUGGAAAAGUCAAGCCAAGUGCGUACGGUCUCCAGUAGCAACUUGUUUUUCAAAGGGAGUCGGUUCCGAUACAGUGGCCGAGUUGCAAAGGAAGUGAUGGAAUCCAGUGCCAAGAUCAAGAGGGAGCCUCCAGAAAUACACAGGGCGGGCCUGGUUCCAAGCCGUAGCUGUCCGUCCAUCACUCAUGGGCCACGGCUAAGCAGCGUCCCCAGGACACGAAGGAGAGCUGUGCAUAUCUCUAUCAUGGAAGGCCUUGAAUCUCUGCGGGACAGUGCCCACUCCACCCCUGUGCGGUCAGCCUCCCACGGUGACGCCUUCCUGCCACAGUCGCGGGCCAGUCGGGCGGAGAGUGGCGAGCGCGUUGCUGUCAUCUCAGAUGAGGUCUACAGCCCCUCGGACAGCGUGCUGCCCACGCCCGUCGCCGAGCACAGCCUGGAGCUGAUGCUGCUGUCCAGACAGGUCAACGGCGCUCCCUGCAGCAUAGAGGAGGAAAAGGAAUCCGAGGCCGGCACACCCGCUGUGGCCGAGGCGGUGGAGCUGGGUGGGGAACUGCGGGCCUUGUGCCCAGGUGUGGGCAGCGGUGGUGGAGCCCAAGCGGAACAGGUGAAUAAGUUUGUUUUAAGUGUCCUCCGUUUGCUCCUUGUGACCGUUGGGCUCCUCUUUGUUUUGCUUCUCCUCCUCAUCAUCCUAACCGAGUCUGACCUUGACAUUGCCUUUUUCCAUGAUAUUCGCCAGACCCCCGAGUUUGAACAGUUCCAUUAUCAAUACUUUUGUCCCCUCAGGCGAUGGUUUGCCUGCAAAAUCCGCUCCGUGCUCAGCCUGCUCAUUGACACCUGA